AGGUGCUGCUCUGGCUUCUCGUCUCCGUGACCCAGGCGGCCCGCCGCUUCCGCUCGCGCUGGGGAAGCCAUGGCGAGCUUCACCAAGUCUGCACAGCAAUGGGCUACAUUUGCUCGAACCUGGUACCUUUUAGAUGGAUGGAUGCAACCGCCAGGGAAACUUGCAGCCAUUGCAAGUGUCCGACUGGAGGGAAAGCAUAAGCCGAUAUACCAUGCAAUGAGUGACCUUGGGGAUCAUGUCGUCAUCAUUAAUACAAGGCAUAUUGCUUUUUCUGGCAACAAAUGGGAGCAGAAAGUAUACUCAUCACAUACUGGAUACCCUGGUGGCUUCCUGCAACUUACAGCUGCUCAACUACAUAAAAAAGAUCCAACUGCAAUUGUAAAACUGGCUAUCUAUGGAAUGCUGCCAAAGAACCUUCACAGAAGAACUAUGAUGCAAAGGCUACAUCUUUUUCCUGAUAAUGUUAUUCCUGAAGACAUUCGUAAGAAUUUGGUCGAGGAGCUUCCACAACCCCGCAAUGUGCCCAAGAGGCUAAAUGAAUAUACACAAGAGGAAAUCGAUGCUUUCCCAAGGAUCUGGACUCCGCCCGAUGACUUUCGACCAACGUAACAGGAAGAAUGUAAAAGAAGAGAAGGGAAGCUUUUACUACUCCCAGAAUAUUACAGUAUGGCUGUUUGCAAAAGCAUUGGAUUAUCUACUUUAAAUUAUUUUUUAUGUACAACUGAUUUGUAAAAAAAUCUUUAAUAAGAUGCAAAUCUAAGACUGUAGUUGGUACGUUUUUCUUUUUGUUAUAUCCUCCUUUUUGGUGGGAGAGAGAGAGAGAUCAAUAAACAGCU